AUGGGGCAGACAAUUGACGAGCCUAAAGUUGAUAAUUUGGUGAAGCCACCCGAAGAUCCAGCCUCAUAUGAGCGUGCUAAUGCUACCUUUAUGAUUUUGGCAAGGAAUCAGGACUCAAGUGAUGUUGUGCAUACUAUUAAGCAGAUCGAGAAGCAUUUCAAUUCCAAGUUCCACUAUCCAUAUGUGUUUUUGAAUGAUGCAGAGUUCAGUAAGCACUUUAAAGAGAGGGUUCAGAAGGAGAUUUCUUCGGAUGCCUAUUUUGAAACCAUUGACCCUAAGGAAUGGAAUCAGCCUGAUGAUAUCGAUAAAGAGAGGCAGAACAAGGGGAUGCAGGAGUUGGCUAACGAGAAUGUGGCCUAUGCACGGCAGUUAUCAUAUCAUAAUAUGUGUCGGUACUAUAGUCGAGGAUUCUAUAACCAUCCCAGAAUGAAGCAGUUCAAGUACUACUGGAGAUUCGAGCCUAAAACAGAGUACUACUGCGAUAUUGACUACGACGUGUUCAAAUUUAUGAGAGACAAUCAUAAGAUCUACGGUUUUACUCUUGCCCUUUACGACAUUCACCAGUCUAUCAAAUCACUCUGGCCUAGAACUAUGGAGUUCAUUGAGCAGCAUCCAGAGUAUGUCAACCGUAAUGCCUCAUUCUCGUGGCUCGUUAACGACUUACAGAACCCACAGAAAGCACAAUAUGCUAAUGGUUACUCAACAUGUCAUUUCUGGUCAAACUUCGAGAUCGCAGAUAUGGACUUUUACCGUUCCAAUGCAUAUUCCGAAUGGAUAGAGUAUAUGGAUCAGACUGGUGGUUUUUACUACGAAAGAUGGGGUGAUGCUCCUAUUCACUCAGUUGCGGUCUCGUUAUUUGCUGAUAAGAGUAAUAUACAUUGGUUCAGAGAUAUCGGUUACAAUCACAUUCCCUAUACAAAUUGUCCGAACUCCAAUAAGUGCACCAAAUGCUCUCCCGGAAAGUUUUCUGACGCCAACCUCAGGUCUGAGAAUUGUCUAACGAACUGGUGGAAUUUGGAGAUGGACGAAGCCGCCAGAAAUAUGUACUAG